CCAGGGCAGAGCGGCGCCGGCAACAACUGGGCCAAAGGUCACUACACGGAGGGGGCGGAGCUGCUGGUGGACUCGGUGCUGGACGUGGUGCGGAAGGAGUGUGAGAACUGCGACUGCCUGCAGGGCUUCCAGCUCACCCACUCGCUGGGCGGGGGCACCGGCUCCGGCAUGGGCACCCUCCUCAUCAGCAAGGUGCGGGAGGAGUAUCCCGACCGCAUCAUGAACACCUUCAGCGUGGUGCCGUCUCCCAAGGUGUCGGACACGGUGGUGGAGCCCUACAAUGCCACCCUCUCUGUGCACCAGCUGGUGGAGAACACGGACGAGACCUACUGCAUCGAUAACGAAGCUCUCUACGACAUCUGCUUCCGCACCCUCAAGUUGGCCACUCCCACCUACGGUGACCUCAACCACCUCGUCUCGGCCACCAUGAGCGGUGUCACCACCUCCCUCCGCUUCCCCGGCCAACUCAACGCCGAUCUCCGCAAGUUGGCCGUCAACAUGGUCCCGUUCCCACGUCUCCACUUCUUCAUGCCGGGCUUCGCCCCGCUGACGUCGCGCGGCAGCCAGCAGUACCGCGCCCUCACCGUCCCCGAGCUCACCCAGCAGGUCUUCGACGCCAAGAACAUGAUGGCCGCCUGCGACCCGCGGCACGGCCGCUACCUGACGGUGGCCGCCGUCUUCAGAGGCCGCAUGUCCAUGAAGGAGGUGGACGAGCAGAUGCUCAACGUCCAGAACAAGAACAGCUCCUACUUCGUGGAGUGGAUCCCCAACAACGUGAAGACGGCCGUGUGUGACAUCCCACCGCGGGGGCUGAAGAUGGCCGUGACCUUCAUCGGCAACAGCACGGCCAUCCAGGAGCUCUUCAAGCGCAUCUCGGAGCAGUUCACGGCCAUGUUCCGCCGCAAGGCCUUCCUGCACUGGUACACGGGCGAGGGCAUGGACGAGAUGGAGUUCACCGAGGCCGAGAGCAACAUGAACGACCUGGUCUCCGAGUACCAGCAGUACCAGGAUGCCACCGCUGAGGAGGAGGAGGACUUCGGGGAGGAGGCUGAAGAAGAGGCCUGAAGGGUUGG